AGUGGUUGACUUGUAAAUUCACGUGGGUAGGUUGUUUAUAGGUUCGGAUCGGGCCGAGCGCGGCCCAGACCAAAACCGGGCCUCACACGAUCCACUGGGCUUUCAUGUGGAUCCCACCUGCUGCUAGGGCCGCACGGGCCCAGCUCGCGGUGCGGUUACGACCCACCCGCACGGGCCGGCGGCCGCAGCGGUGUUCGUUGGCCGCGAUCGCGCGCGCUGCUCCUACGUGUCGUGUCAGAGUGAAGCCGGUGACCGGCGUCGCUCCCCUCCCCGCCGGCAGCGAUGGGCAAGGGCGGCGGCUGCGUGCCCAGCAAGAGCCAGCGCCCUCCACCCCCGCAGCGCCGCGACCGCACCUUCAUCCCGGCCCCGGCCACUGCCGCACCAGAGCCGACCCCGACCACCGCCGCGCCGGAGCCGACCGCGACCACCGCCGCGCCGGAGCCGGCGCCAGCGCCGUCGCCACGCCAGGUCCGCAUCUACGUCGUGUUCUACUCCAUGUAUGGCAACGUGCGGCGCCUGGCGCGGGCGGUGCAGCGCGGGGUGGGGUCCGUGCCGGGCGCGCGGGGGAUCCUGCUCCGCGUGCCGGAGACCCUGCCGCGCGCCGUGCUGGCCCGGAUGGGCGCGCUGGAGGCCGCCGCGGAGAUGGACGCGGAGGGGAUCCCCGUGGCGGACCCCGGCGGGCUCCCCGACGCCGACGGCUUCCUCUUCGGCUUCCCCGCGCGGUACGGCGCCAUGGCCGCGCAGAUGCAGGCCUUCUUCGACUCCACCGCGCCGCUCUGCCGCGGCCAGCGCCUCGCCGGCAAGCCCGCCGGCUUCUUCGUCAGCACCGGCACCCAGUGCGGCGGCCAGGAGACCACCGCGUGGACGGCGAUCACGCAGCUGGCGCACCAGGGCAUGCUGUUCGUGCCCAUCGGGUACACCUUCAGAGAGGGGAUGUUCGAGAUGGAGGAGCUCCGCGGGGGCUCGCCGUACGGCGCCGGGGUGUUCGCCGGCGACGGCUCCAGGCCGCCCAGCGAGCUGGAGCUGGCCCUCGCCGAGCACCACGGCAAGUACAUGGCCACGCUGGUCAAGAGGAUGGUGCACGGCGCCGAUGCCUGAUUCAUCUACUAGCAGAUUCUACCAAGAACCCUUUGCCGUGUCGCUGCUGCGUCGGGCAGCGUCGUUUUGUACAUAAACAAACAGCAUUGCUAUUUAGCCUAGCCCCAGAAUUCAGUUAAGCUUACUCUGCAAACGCAUGGAGUGUGUUGAACUUUCAUUAGUGAAGAUAUCAU